AUAAAAAUAUAAUAUUCAUGUAAAGAAUCAAUGAGAUUUCACAAAACUCACUUCAAUUCAAUUUUACUGAAGCAACUCAUCUUUCAUUUCUUCUCUCCAUUUCGUUUCCUGGACUCGGUAUCUUGUUGCUUUAAUUUUGUGGAUUACAGAAGCAAAGAUGGCAGAAGUUCUUUUGGGUGCUAUUUUGGAAGAAGCGGUGUCUAAAGCGAAUUCAAUUACCACUAACCAAAUCAGCCGUAUAUGGAAUUUCAAGACGGAGCUGACAAGACUGGGUGACUCACUAGAAAUGAUGGAAGCUUUCUUGCAAGAUGCAGAGGAAAUGCAAACAAAGAAGGACGCAGUGAAGCUUUGAGCUUUGGUUGCAGAGGCUCAAAGAUGUUGCUGAUGAGGCUGCUGAUGUACUUGAUGAGUUUGACUGUGAAAUUCUCCGGAGGAAACUGAAGAUUCGGAACCAAAUUCGAAGGAAGGUACUCGACUUCCUUUCUUCUAACAAUUCCAUUUUAUAUCGUCUCAAGAUGGCUAAAAAAAAUUAAGGACAUCCUUGAAACACUGGAUGGCCUUAACAAAGACACCAGUCAUUUGGUCUUCAGCAGAGAGAUACAGAACAUGUGUCUCCUGUACCUAGAAGAUCAAAUGUCGAGACGUUCUCUGUCAUGGAUCACUCGACCAUUGUUGGAAGGGAAAAUGAUGUCUCAAAGGUGGUUGACCUGUUAGUCAAUCCUAAAGAUAAGCAGGUUGUUUCUGUUGUACCCAUUGUAGGUAUGGCAGGUCUUGGCAAAACUGCAUUGGCAAAGCUGGUGUAUGAUCUGCGUGUGAAAAGGCAUUUUGAUGUCAAAUCCUGGGUCUUUGUAUCUGAUCAUUUUGAUGUCAAAAAGAUUUUAGGGGCGAUGUUUGAACAGCUUACUGGUGAUAGACAUACCUCAAUGCCAGAAAAUAUGGAUGCAAUGAUGAUGAAGCUCAAGGAGAAGAUUGAACAGGCCAAAGGAGAAAAAGAUCAGAUCAAGUAUCUUCUUGUACUUGAUGAUGUGUGGGAUGUUAAGAAAUGGGAGGAUCUAAAGCUCUGUCUGAAAGGAAUCAGUACAAAUGGCGGGAAUGGAGUUAUUGUGACAACACGCAAAGAAGAUGUAGCAAUAACAAUGCAAGCACUUUCGGAUCAAAGGCAUCAACCAGGAAGGCUAGAAGAUGAAGAAUGCUGGUCCGUAAUUAAAUAACUAGCAUUGACACCCUCUCCAAUGUCUCACGAUUGAGAGCCUAUUGGAAAGGAGAUUGCUAAGCAGUGUCGAGGUGUGCCAUUGUUAGGUAAAGUUAUCGGAGGGACAAUGAGCAAAGAGAGGAGUCGCCGCACAUGGUUGGAAAUUAAAAAAAGUGGAGUAUGGGGUUCAGCGGACAGUGUGUUAAAAGUGGAAAGUUUGUUAAAAUUAAGUUUUGAUCGCUUGCCUUCUCCAUCUUUGAAGAAGUGUUUUGCGUACUGUGCCAUGUUUCCUAAAGAUUAUUGCUUUGAAACAGAGGAAUUGAAGCAACUGUGGAUGGCUGAAGGAUUUCUUGGCAGCCCUAUGGCAAUGGUGGAUAUUGGUGACAAAUACUUGAAUGGGUUGUUAUCAAAUUCCUUAUUUCAAGAUGUCGAGAAGGACAAAUUCGGGAAUAUUCUCACAUUCAAGAUGCACGACUCGGUGCAUGAUUUAUCUUUGUCUGUGUCAAAGUUUGAUACUUUGUUUUUUCAAGAGAAUUCCAGUCUCACCUCAAAAGAGUGUUCUCAUAUUCGUCAUCUCAAUGUUGGGUGCGAUGGGGAAUCAUUACCAGAAAUUUUAACAGCGGUUGCUCCGAAAUUAUACUCGUUGUUUUCAGAGAUUGAUGUGUUCAAGAAACUAUCAAAAAGCUUCACAAGAUUAAGAGUCCUAAAGUUUGUUGGCGCUGCUAAUAUUUGUGAGUUGCCAGAUUCCCUUGGAGAAUUAAAGCACUUGAGGUAUUUGGACAUCUCAUGGACUUCUAUUGAAGCACUGCCCAAGUCCACAACCAAACUUUACAAUCUGCAAACAUUGAGGCUCUUGGGUUUACUGAGACUCACCUUUCCGGAUGAAUUGGAAAAGUUGAUAAGCUUGAAGCACUUAUAUUUUAAUAGAAAAGAACUUCAGCCAGUUAAUAUUGGAAACCUAACUUGGCUUCAAACAUUACCCAUAUUUAUUGUGGGAUCAGAAAGGGGAUGUUCGAUUAAGGAGUUAGGAUCCCUAAACGAACUGUGUGGAGAACUGGAGAUACACCAUCUUGAGGGUGUUAGAGACAAACAAGAGGCUAGUGGAGCAAAUCUGCACCGUAAAGAAUAAUUAUGCAAGGUGAUAUUUGAUUUUGAAGGGUGUGAUAGUGGGAGUAGUGGUUAUAACAGUGAGGAAGUGAUGGAAGGUCUCCAACCACACUCAAAUUUGCAAAGCUUAACUGUUUCGGAUUACGGAGGUGAAAGCUUUCCCUCAUGGAUGUUAAGACCUGUUGGUGAUUCUAAUACUGAUCUGUUUUUGCUUAACAAUUUGAUGGAGCUGAAUUUUUUCAAUGGCAUCAACUGUGAAAGUCUUCCACCUCUGGGUCAAUUGCACAAUCUCCAGUAUCUUAAGUUGAGAAAUCUGACUAAAGUGAAACGCAUGGGUAAUGAAUUUUAUUGCAACGAAAGUGUUGGUGGUAUGAAUAAGGUGAUCAAGGUGUUUCCUGCAUUGAAAAAAUUCACCUUAAGUGGGAUGGAAAGUCUAGAAGAAUGGGCAGCAAUGGUGGAAACAAAGAUGAUCAUGUUUCCUUGCUUGGAGCGGCUGAAGAUUUGGGUUUGUCCCUUGUUGAAAAGUGUUCCACUAACGGGACAAUGCUCAUCUCUUGAAAAGUUUCACAUUUCCAGUUGUGAAAAAUUAAGCAAGAUUGGAGCUGGAUUAUCUACCUCCACUUGUCUCAAAGAAUUCCAUCUAGAAGAUUGUCCUAAUUUAAGUUUGAUCCCAAAUUUAGGAUUUUCCCCUCUUUAAUAUCUGUCUGUUCAAAGGUGCAACAAAUUGGAAGUUCUUCCAAUAACUGGAGAAUGUUCAUCUCUUGAAAAGCUUGGCAUUUCCAGUUGUGAAGAAUUAAGCAAGAUUGGAGAUGGAUUAUCUACCUCCACUUGUCUCGAAGAUAGAUUUAUCUGGUUGUCAUCUCUUGAAGAGCUUCGCAUUUUCUGUUGUGAAAAAUUAAGCAAGAUUGGAAACGGAUUAUCUACCUCCACUUGUUUCAAAGAAUUACAUCUAGACUAUUGUCAUGAUUAAGUUCGAUCCCAAAUUUGGAAGGAUUUUCCUCUCUUCAAUAUCUGUCAAGUUAAAUGGUGCAACAAAUUGGAGAGCUUUCCACUAAAAGCACCACUGUCAUCCCUUAAAGAAUUGAUGAUACGUGAUUGCCCUAAUUUUAAUCCCAUUCCAGUUUAGAUGGACCCUCUUCUCUCACAAAAUUAGAAUUUAAGAAUGUAGGCGAAGAAUGGAAUAGUCUGCUACCAAAUAUAUUGCAAUCCAAUGUUUUCCUUUGCAGUCUAACAAUAUUAAAUUUGCCUGAUCUGACAUGGAUUCAAGAUGACAGCCUUGGUAGGCUUAACUGCUUGAGAGAAUUAGCUACCGGUGGUUUCUCAAAAGAGCUGCAAGAAUUCCCAUGGCCCAGUUCCAUUCAAUAUCUCAGUGCCUCCAUUCUAUUUCUAAAACUGAUUGGUUGGGAAAAGCUAAAGAGUCUUCCUCACAAACUUCAGUUCUUCACUGCCCUUGAAGAAUGAAGAUAGAAGGGUUUAAAGGAACAGAAGCCUUUCCAGAGUGGUUGGGAAAUCUCUCUUCUCUAAAGCGUCUAUGUUUGCAUGGUUUUUAUUAGAAAUCAUCUAUAUUUAUGGAAAGUCAAAGAUAUGGGUAUCAAAUAAAGUCAAAGAUAUGGGUAUCAAAUAUCGAAAAGUCAAAGAUAUGGGUAUCGAGAUAUUAGCAUAAGAAAUCUGAGAUAUUUGUAAUAUUUGGUCCCUAAUUGUAAAGUGACUUUGCAAGUUGAUCCCUGAACCUCAACUAUAAAUAGGCAUAACCAUCUCUCAUUUUGUAUCUCAUAUUUGCCAUUCUCUACUUAAGGCAUUGUUAUCUCUCUCUCUUUGUAAAUUCUCACUUGUAUUUUGGAGUGGAAUAUAUUUGGUAGUGCCCGCGGA